CAUCUUCGUCAAUGGUCACGCUUCCCCCUUUUAUUCUUUUUCAGUUGCCUCUUCAUACGCAUUUCUAUUUCUCCUCUCUGUCUCUCUCUCUCUUAAAUUCUCUACUACUUACUAUACGAGCUAGGGUUUUGAUUUUUUCACACAGCAAAAAUGGGGCAACAAUCGCUGAUCUACAGUUUCGUUGCGCGAGGAACUGUGAUUCUCGCCGAAUACACUGAAUUCACCGGUAAUUUCACAAGUAUAGCUUCACAGUGCCUCCAGAAACUUCCUGCUUCCAACAACAAGUUCACCUAUAACUGCGAUGGCCAUACUUUCAACUAUCUCGUCGAAGAAGGCUUCACAUACUGUGUUGUUGCUGUGGAAUCUGUUGGGAGACAGAUCCCAAUUGCGUUUUUGGAGAGAACCAAGGAAGAGUUUACCAAGAAAUAUGGUGGAGGAAAGGCUGCUACAGCUGUUGCUAACAGCUUAAACAGGGAGUUCGGGCCUAAACUGAAGGAGCAGAUGCAGUACUGUGUAGAUCAUCCAGAAGAAAUCAGUAAGCUUGCAAAGGUGAAGGCUCAGGUUUCAGAAGUUAAAGGUGUGAUGAUGGAAAACAUUGAAAAGGUUCUUGAUCGUGGGGAGAAGAUUGAACUUUUGGUGGAUAAGACUGAGAAUCUUCGCUCACAGGCACAAGAUUUCAGGACACAAGGAACAACAAUGAGGAGGAAGAUGUGGUUGCAGAACAUGAAGAUCAAGCUUAUAGUUUUGGGGAUUAUUAUUGCCUUGAUUCUGAUCAUAGUUUUGUCAGUGUGUGGUGGUUUCAAGUGUCACUAGUGCGGUUUCUCAUCUUACUAGGCUGGAUGUUGAUUGAAAAUUGUGGCACUUUUGUAGCACUGGCUUGGCAGUUCAUUAUAAUUCUUUUCUUCUUUUAUCGUGAUGUCUUUUGCUCUAUCUUCUCUAUAUCAUGAGACACUUCCUGUAUAGCUUGUAAUGCUGAAUUCUUUUGCGUAUAUUAUUGAAAGAGUCUCCUUCCCAGUUU